AUGGCGGCCGAUAAGGUGCUCCAACCGACUAGCAGGGACGAAUUCGAGAUUGCAAUCGUCUGUACAAGGGCGCUCGAGUAUGAUGCGAUCUGCCUUCUCUUUGACGAGUUUUGGGAUACAGAUGCAGACCCAUUCGGCAGAGCCCGAGGUGAUCACAACUACUACACCACAGGGUACAUGGGCAAAUAUAACAUCGUCGUGGUGCUCCUCUGCAAUUCAGGCAAAGCCACCGCAGCUGGUGUAGCAGCCAGUCUCCGAUCGAGUUAUCCUUGCAUUGAACUUAUAUUUCUCGCUGGAAUAUGUGAAGGUGUUCCGGGUGUAAAUGGUGAAGAACUGCUGCUUGGCGAUGUUGUCAUCAGUGAAACAGUCAUCCAAUAUGAUCUCGGCAGCCAGUUUGCUGCUGCGUUUGAAGAAAAGAACACUCUUGAGGAUCGGCAUGGCCGCCCGAACAAGAACAUUCGAAGUUUUAUCACCAAUAUCAAAACUGAAAGAGGAUACCAGCGACUAGAGCAGAAGGUAGCGCUUUAUCUAGAGCAGAUUCAAAACCGAACCUCGGAGACAAAGUAUCAGCGGAGGCGCAAAUUGGCAACUUAUAUGUAUCCGGGCUCUACCAACGAUAUUCUCUUCAAGCCAACUCACUGCCACAGACAUUACAACUCAUCACAAUGCGUGUGUGCUGACUAUAACCCGGAUGAAGACUCUUAUGCGGUGUGUGAUGACGCUAGAAUUUUGAGCUGCGAACACACUGGCUGUGAGCUCAGCUCUCUAGAGAAUCGAGAUCGUCUGCAACAGAAGAAUGCGCUGGAGAACGGUGGUGACUUGAAAUCCGCACAAAUUCCGGCCAUAUUUUUUGGACGUUUUGGAUCCGGUGACACAGACUUUAACUCGGGCGUUCACCGAGACGCUUUUGCUAAAAGACACGGCAUCAUUGCUUUUGAGAUGGAGGGUGCUGGUAUCUGGGACGAACUGCCAUGUAUCAUCGUCAAGGGUGUGAGUGACUAUGGAGAUGGCCACAAGACAAAACAUUGGGCAGAAUGGCAAAACUUUGCUGCCGCAACUGCUGCGUCGGUUGUAAAGGCUUUGGUUGAGCGAUACCCCCAGACUGAUAAGCCGCCCGUCAAAGAGCCGAAGGUCGAUAAACUGCGUGCCCAGCUUCAGGAAAACAAAGUUUGUCUGGAUGCUUUGUUUAUCACAAACCCUGAGGACGACAAGCACCGCAUUGAAGAAACGAAGGGAGGGUUGCUUCUGGAUGCAUACAUCUGGAUCAUACGAAACGAACAGUUUACGCAAUGGCUCGAUGACCCUGAAACUCGCUUACUGUGGAUCAAGGGCGAUCCGGGCAAGGGAAAGACAAUGCUGUUAUGCGGCAUCAUUAAUGAGCUAAAGUCGGCCAACCCCAGAGGCAAUAUUUAUUAUUUUCUCUGUCAAGCGACAGACGACCGCCUUAACAAUGCCUCGGCGAUCCUACGUGGCUUGUUGCAUAUGAUGGUUGUCCAACAACCCUCACUCAUCUCUUGGGUCAGACACGAGUAUGACAAGUCAGGAAAUUCAGCAUUUGAGGGUGUUAAUUCCUGGAUCGUUCUCUCGCGGAUAUUUGAGCAAAUCCUCAAAGAUAAUGUAUUCAACGAACCGAUCUUCGUUAUCGACGCACUGGAUGAGUGCGAGGCUGAUUUAACACAACUUCUCGAGAUGAUAGUAAGAAACUCAGCAUCAUUAUCUCGGGCAAAAUGGCUCGUGUCAAGUCGAAAUGAGGCGGACAUUCAAGAGGCACUGGCAGCUGCAGAGAACAAGUCAACUGUGAGUCUCGAGCUUAAUGCAGAUUCUGUAUCAACAGCUAUAUCUACCUACAUUCGACAUAAAGUACAGCUCCUCACCAACAAGAAGCAUUAUAAACAACUCACAAAGGAGAACAUUGAAAGAUAUCUCUUUGAUAACGCAAACGGUACUUUCCUCUGGGUGGCAUUGGUGUGUGCCCUCCUGGAGAAGGUACCACGAUCUGAUCCUCUCCCAAAAUCGGCAGAUUUCCCUCCAGGGCUUGAUCAACUCUACGAACGAAUGAUAAGUAGAGUAUGUGACCCAAGUAUAUCAGACAUUAGCAGGAAAGCUCUAGCAAUCACUGCAGUUGCCCACCGACCUCUUACCGAAGAAGAAUUAAGUCUUCUAGUCAAUAAUGGUCAUCGCGAAGAGAUAAUGCCGCCCUCUGAGUAUGACUGGGAAGACAUCUUAGGCCACUGUGGCUCCUUUCUAACUAUGAGAAAUGGCACUAUAUACUUCGUCCAUCAGUCUGCCAAAGAUUUUAUCAUCAAAGAAGGAAGUCGGCGGUUGUUUCCAGAUGGCAUGGAAUAUGUCCACAGAGAGAUCUUCAUGAUGUCUAUUGCUCUUUUGAGAAAACAUUUAAGAAAAGACAUGUAUAAUCUAGUCGAUCCCGCAUUUUCGAUAGAUGAUAUCUCGCAGCAUGCUUUGAGCAACGACCCACUCGAUCCUAUCAGAUAUGCCUGCAUUUACUGGAUUAAUCAUUUUGAACAAUCUAUACCCAAAGUCAGAACAGACUCUCAUGACUCUUCUCAGAGCCAUGAACUGAUACAUACCUUUCUCGGAGAGAAGUUUAUUUACUGGUUGGAAGCUUUGAGCCUUCUCAAAGGCAUUGUCGACGGCAUAACGGGAAUGCAACGGCUAGAGCAACUCGUUGCUAAUUCCCAAAUUUCUGGACUACUCAAAUUUGUCUGGGAUGCUUGCAAAUUUAUCCAAAUGUUUGGCGAUGCUAUAGCGAAUUAUCCUUUACAAGUUUACUUGUCUGCCAUGAUCUUUAGUCCGAAUCAAAGCAUCAUUCGUCGCCAAUUUGAAAAAGAAGCUCCCAAAUGGGUUCAAACACUAGCUAAAGGCGAAGCCGAAUGGGCUCCAUCUUCGAGAACAUAUGAAACCAUUAAUCGUAUCACGGGCCUCGCCGUCUCUGACUGUGGAACCUGGAUAGCAUCUCAUCAUUAUUACGGCGCUUUUAUAACAAUAUGGGAAACUUAUUCUGGCAAAAUAAUUCGGGUCUUGGACCCAGAUGCUUCUUUUACGGAGCUUCACGACGACAUGUUUGAGUAUAGUUGCCUUAUUGUCUUUUCGCCUUGGAAUAGACAAGAACUGGCAUCAAGCUAUUAUACCUUUGGAGAUCAAUAUCACUUGGCCAUCUGGGAUGUUAAAACGGGUAAAGUGUCGAAAAAACUUCAACCCAAAGGUAUUGUGAUAUCGAUUAAAUACCUAAAGUCAACGCAGCACAUGCUUAGCUAUGUCUCUAAGCAUGACGAAAGUCGGAAUGACAACAAUGAAAUACUCAUUGUUACAACGUGGAAUAUUGAAACAGGCCAAACGAUUGAGAAGAUCCAGUUGCAGGAACCACACUCUCUUGCAAUUUUAUCCAUAUUCGCACCCGCCGACGACAAUAAAAUAGCAUUGAGCAGAAAUUCUCACGUCGAAAUCCUCAAUAUUGAUACUGGCAAUACCAUCCAUUAUUUUCAGGAUACAAUCCGGCAAAUCCUGGUUAUGAGGCUCUCCCAUGAUGAUUCUCUUCUAGUCCUUCAAAAUGCGAACGUCGUCGUAUUGUUAGACAUACCAUCAGGUAAGACUAAAUGGUCAUAUCAAACGGAAACGGACAUUGAAGAUAUCACAUUGUCUCCUGAUGGGAAGCUUCUAGCGAUUGCUAGUCUUCAUGGAAUUGAGCUUUUCAGCACUAUUUCAGGCAAAUGCUUGCGGAAGAUCUUAAUGAGAAGCCGCUACAUUGUCUUUUCUAAAGAUGGAAGCAAAAUGUUUAGCGCCUUUGGGUUCGCGAUCAGCGUUAUAAAUCUAGGUCAAGAAAGCUUCAUCGGGAGAGAUUCAGACGAUAACUCCCCUAACAACAAAAAUAUCAUCAAGAGACGCGGUAUCUCUCUAUCGCCUAACGGGAGGCUUGUCGCAUCAGUACUCACCUACACAUCAACUAUAGAAAUCUUGGAAAUCGACUCGACGAAAUCCACUCGCUUUCUGAAAAUUCCCACUUCUGUUCAGCGAGGUAGGGUGAACCUUCUCUUCUCUCCUGAUUCAGAAAAGCUGGUCGCUUACUCAAAGAGCGGCUACAUACUAUGGGAUAUUUCCUCCGAGCCUAUAAAAUUUAUCUUGAUGUGGGAAACCAUCCUCAACAAUGAGUUAUUCUUCAAAAAAAAUUUCGUGUUUUCAUUGGACAGUAAGCGUUUAGCUGCCAUCUUCGUCAAUGAAGAUGAUGGCGACUCCAACGUUCAAGUAUGGGACGCAAGCUCAGGAAAAUGUCUGAUGUGUUUGGAAGAGAGACAAAAAGUAGUCGCAUUACCAUUUCUUCGCUUUUCGCCAGACAACCGACAACUAGCAGUCUUGUAUGAGCCUGGUGACUCCCUAAUCAGGGUUGAAAUAUGGGAUAUUGCUUCGGGGUCCGCCGUUCAAACAAAAGAGUUGAGCUUCAGCUUCAGCUCUCACGAUUUAAUUGUUCGUUCUAACCGCACCAUUUCUAACUCAGAUUCCUGGGGUUCACUCAGUGGGGAAGAUCUGGAAGAUGGAGAGGCUCUAGAGGGAGUGGAAGAGGAAGAGGAAGAGGAAGAGGAAGAGGAAGAAGAAGAGGAAGAAGAAGAGGAAGAGGAGGAGGAGGAGGAGGAGCAUGUCUACUACUAUAUUGAAGAGGUACAAUUCACUAAGCAUUGCUACCUAAUUCUUGACCUAGCUGUCUCCUCAGCCGAUACAUUUCGCCGACGUCAAGAUACAUGUACCCGAGUUGCAUUACGAAUGAGACCAGAUCUAGAGCUCACAGGCGAGGUCAGCAAUGCGUUACGACUCAGAGAAGCUGACAUUUACAGCCUGGGUGAGCAGCGGGUUUGGAUCGAAUACAAGGGGAAGAAGCUCGUGUGGAUUCCCCCACAAUACCGAGCAGAGGAUAUAUAUAACGAACGAAAUCGCGUUUUAGUAUCUCAUGUAGGAGGGUCUUUUUCUAUCUUUCAAUUUUGCCACACCGAGUUGACCAAACAAAUGUCUUCCCCACACCUAUCCACUAUGGGAAAGACACCUUGUGUACCAGAUACAGAGGCAUUUACAUACCUAUAUGAGCUAGGCGACGACUGGAAACUUGUGUGUCACGACAUGGAAGAACCAGAUGAAGAGAUAAUGAAUAGGAUGGAAAGUGUUGAUGAGGUCACAAACAUAUCGCAAGCCCUAUGGGAGGAUAUCAUGGAACAUGAUUUCAAUGCACCAGAUGGUAUGAUGUUGCACCAGACAUUGGAUUUUGAUGAGAUUGAUAGCACAUGGGAAGCCAUGCAUGAGGAUAUCAUGGACGUGGACGAGACUUAG